ACUAUUUACAAACAGUCGUCGCCAUUUUCCAUCGCUGCUCGGUGGCUCGGAGUCGCAGCUCGGUGCGCGUAGAUUUAUACCUCUCGCGUCGUGUUUCGCUUGUAUUGAGGCGCCAUGAAGUUUCUGUACAAGGAGGAGCACCCGUUCGAGAAGAGGCGGUCCGAGGGUGACAAGAUUCGCAGGAAGUAUCCUGACCGAGUCCCCGUGAUAGUGGAGAAGGCUCCUAAGGCACGCAUUGGCGACCUGGACAAGAAAAAGUACCUGGUUCCCUCGGACUUGACGGUGGGCCAGUUCUACUUCCUGAUCCGCAAGCGGAUCCACCUGCGGCCAGAGGAUGCGCUCUUCUUCAUUGUCAACAAUGUCAUUCCCCCCACCAGUGCCACCAUGGGCUCCCUUUACCAGGAACACCAUGAGGAGGACUUCUUCCUAUACAUAGCGUACAGUGAUGAAGAUGUCUAUGGUGUCUGAGACCCCGAGAGCUGCUUUAUUUUUAACAAAAUUCUUUUAUAUGUAAUAAAAAGGAACGGCAGGAAGGAAGAUUAAGAUGGAUGCCAAGAACCUGAGUCACAGCGGUUUUUGUGCACAGAGAUCGUUUUGGCGUAUGCACUUUAUGUAUUUUGUCUUGUUGUUGAGCUGCGGCCUUUUUGUUUUUCUCCUUUUUGGAAUCUUUUCUCUGCUUCCACUUUUUUGUCUGUGAAGAAACAGAAAAAAAAAAUCGAGACACUGUUGUCACCCAGUUAAGGACAGGUUUCCUCCCACUUUUGUGCCAGUGAAGAAAAGAGUAAACCUAGACCCUGUUGUUACCCGGUUAAGGACAGUGGAGCCAUCUCUGUUUGCCAAAGCGUCCCAGUGCAGUACUUUUUCUUUUGCCUUGUAUUUGAGGUUUCUGCUUAUAUAUUCUCUCUGUUGCACUUCCUGACUGCUCCCUGCUUGGCAAGGAAGGUAUGUGAACACCAGAGAAUGCAGUUAUUUAUUUUGCUGGAUUGUGACCUGAUGCUUUUCAUUUCCUCUCUUUAUUUCGCACUGUAAAUUCUGUAUUAUAUACUCAAAAUAAA